GCUCAAGUUCAAAAAGUGCAGUCACAUUCAGUCCGUGACGUUGGUCAAUUCGGUUCGGUUUGCUCCCAUACUAUUAAAAAUUUCUUUAACAAAAUGCAGCGCAUCGGGCUACUUUGUGUUGUAUUGUGUUUAAAAUUAUAUGCAAUAGAAUCCUUCAAUUUAGCUACCAAGCCCAAUCUUAUAAUUACCGAACCGUUAAAGCGAGUAAACAAUAGCCAAAACUCGGAUAGUUCUUACUUCGGUUAUUCGAUUCUACUACGCAAGCAGAGCGUUCUAAUUGGUGCACCACGAGCUUUAACCGAAGGUGCAACUCGACGACCGAUCGAAACGGGUGCCAUUUACAGAUAUGAUUUUGCGAGCAGAACGGCGAAACCGUUCAAUUUGGAAAAUGUAAUGGAAUUCUUAAAUUUGGAGAACCUGCAACAAAAUGUAAAGCACCAGUGGUUGGGUAUGUCCAUGGAUGGUGGCAGCAGAGAUGAACAGCCAUUGAUCGUAUGUGCUCCGCUUAAAACGGCGACUAAGAUGUAUAAUAAUGCCUACAUGCAUGGCAUUUGUUAUUGGACCAACACCACGCUGGAAGGUGAAUCACAAGAUCGAGUAACGCAUAUUGUGAGCCCAUUCUCCGCUAAAGGUCAAGAGCAAAGGCAGAAUAUGAGAAAAGAAAGUAGAUCGGUAACAGGCGAUCUGAGAUAUGGUGAAUUUGGUUUCAGUGUUCAAAUAACUCCAAAUGGCAAUGAACUUAUAUCCGGGUCACCAGGCGUCAACAACUGGGGAGGAAAGGUAGUACAUUACAAUUUGCUAAGUCACGAAACCAAAUCGACGAAGGCCGCAAUUCAAUCGUCAGCAUAUAAAGGCUAUGCCGUAGGAUGUGGUUACUUCAAUGUUACCAAUCUAGCGCAAUUAUCUUAUGUGUUUACCAUGCCAAAUCCGAAUAGCGAAAGUAAAAUGGGUCAGGCACAAAUUUACUACUCAGUUGGGGGUCGUGAUGCAAAUUCGUUUAUCCUGCAAAAAGGUUUGACCGGCGAUGAAUAUGGCGACUAUUUCGGUUAUUCCCUGUUGGUGGCUGACUUGAAUGCUGAUCGCAUCGAUGAUAUUCUCAUUGGUGCACCACAUCGCACAGUUAAUAAUAUUUUUGAAGCGGGUGCGGUCUAUAUGCAUAUAAAUCGUAGGGUGACACAUCAGUUGAAUUUCAGGAAUACCGUAUUGGAGUCACCGUUUCCGACUAGAGGACACUUUGGUACUUCCUUGGGAAAACUGGGAGACAUCAAUGGUGAUGGCUAUAACGACAUAGCGAUUGGUGCCCCCUAUGCUGGUGAUAACGGCAAUGGUGCGGUUGCCAUUUACUUUGGCGGUCCGAACGGUCUCGAAACACAACCGCGACAGAUCUUGCAUGUGAGCGAACAAUUAGUCGGCAGCGGUGGUAUGUUUGGUUACGGACUUUCCAGAGGUGUUGAUACCGAUCACAAUGACUACCCAGAUCUGGCUGUUGGUGCGCCUAAUGCGGAUAAGGUGUUUAUCUACAAGUCAUAUCCGGUUGUAAAGAUAAAUGCAACGAUACUACAACAUUAUCAAAAUAUUCCAAUAAAUACAACAAGUUUAAAAUUCGAUAUUUGCAUUAAUAUCCAAACAAAUUCGACCAAAUUUCGUACACAAGAACUCCUACUAGAUUUGAGUGUCGCCACUGAGGAAAAGCGCAUAAAUGUGGCACAUUGUAUUAGCAAGAAUGCCUAUGUGGCGGGCUUAACGCCGCAAUGUCAGACUUGCAAUGCUACGCUCAUACCCGAUGACCGCUAUAUAUUCGUACCGAUAACUAUGAAACUGACGUAUCGCUUGAAGAAUGAUGGCAAGGCGCAAAAAGAGUUGGAGUUUUGUGAUCAUUGUGCAGUGGUAGAUCCUGCCUGGCCAAACACCGCAGAAGCUCAAAUCCAGUACUUGCACAAUUGCAAGGGUUCUAUUUGUUCUGUGGAUCUGCAGUUGCGAAGUGUGGACAUGCCUGACAAUUUAAUAUUGGGUAUGAACAAAACCUUACCACUCAAAUAUGUUAUUACCAAUGUGGGCGAAGAGGCUUACAAUACCCAGUUGAUCAUAAAAUCCACCUUAAAUGUGCCCAUCGCCAAAAUGCCCUCCGAAUGUUUGGCCGACUUCGAAUUUGGUUGGCAUGUCAAAUGCAGCAUAGCGAAUCGACGUGCCUUCAAAGACACCACCGAACUAGAGAUCAGUCUCGAUUUGAGUAAGGUGGUCGGCGUUACUGAAGUGGGUAUCGAUGCAAUAGUUUCCAGUACGGGUGAAGAAAGGAAGCCGUUUGAUAACCGACAGAAUGACACAGUGAAACUUACCACAAGCGCGGAAAUUUGGAUAACCGAGAUUCCAACGAACAAAAUUUUUGCUGUAACCGAUGAGAAGGAAAAUGUUUCGGUUUCGAUGACUUUUGAGAUAAAAAAUAUCGGCCCGAGCCCGUUGAGCCUCUUCCACUUAAUUGUUGAUUUUCCUAUUGGCGACGGCAAUCGCAUAUAUAUUAGCAAUUACUCCGCUCAAACCUAUUUCAAGGACCUCGAGUAUCCUCUUUUGGAUUUCGAAACGUCAUCGCCAGUGUCACCAACCACAUUGAACACCACCGAAGUAUUAUAUUUGAAUCAAUUGCCCGAAAAUCAUACGACUUUCGUUAGUUGCCAAUCGUCCAAAAACUCCAAGUCUAAAAUGUCAUGCGCCUUGAAGGAUGUGCUGCUGACGAAUGCCUUAUAUCGCGAAGAGAAUAUAACCUUGGUAUUGUACUAUGAAAUGAACUGGGAAAAUGCAGAACAAUUACUGCUCGAUAAUAACGAUUAUUUGGCUCAUGUUGCAAUGGUAAAUUUCAAACCUGAUACACCACCAAAUGGAAUUCUGAGCAUUAAAACGCAUUUCAAAGGUGCCAUUUUUAAGAAGAACACCAAGCGUAAUCUUUUCUGGAUAUAUUUAGCCGCCAUAAUUGGUGGUAUACUCCUGCUUAUUGCGUUAAUCUUGCUGCUAAGAAAGCUGGGUUUCUUCAAGCGUCUAACCAAAGAAGAAAUGGCGAAGAAUUUGAAUGAGAAGCUUGAAAAGGCGCGUAUGAAGGAGGAUCUCGAUGUGUGUAUCGCUGAAGUAGAUGCUGAUGAUUUAUCUACAUAGUUAUUACUGUGUUUAUUUAUAAAACAAAUAUAUAUUUUAAUAUAAUCCAUUCCUUUAGCUUCCUUCCUCGAGUUUGUAACAAAGUUCCGCCUUCUUCCAACUUAUAAAAAAUAAAAAAGCGCUUUAAGUAA